ACCUUCUGCUGUGUGCAGUAUUUAGUGUUCUUUUGGUCAAAUGUUUGGCUGUCUGUUAUUUAGAAAGUGGCUUUUGUAAUUGUCUUCUCUCAUUGCUGCAGUGGUGACUCGCAGUAACACAAAUAGCAAUGAACCGAACUGUUUAUGGGCUCCUGCUUAGAUAACCUAUAAGAAAUAUUUACCUUAAAAUAUCACAUGGAUUUAAGCUCUGCUGGGUUUGUUUACUCAUUUCCUCAAUGCAGGCCUGGCCUUUUACUGCACAUUAGGUCACAGCCGCUCCUUGGAAGCUCUGAGUCAGACUUGAACUCGAGGACUGUACUGAAUUGUAUUAUUGUUCCAGAACCUAUAGGAUGUAAAUUUUAGAAGAGAGUGAGUGCUGUGCUGACGUGUGUAGAUGCUGUGCUGACGUGUGUAGAUGCUGUGCUGACCUGUGUAGAUGCUGUGCCAGCUCCUCUGUGUGGUGCAUGCUUACUGUAUCUGCCAGUUCUUCAGGUGCUGCAGGAGAGGCAGCCGCUAAGAUUACUUUAUGCUGAGCGUACCUGGCAUGAAGAGUGGCCCAUGUUUCCUCAGGGAUCCCAUGGACAUCAACAGUGCCAGUUCGGUGGUCCUGCAGGCCCUGACGCAGGCCACCAGCCAGGACACGGCGGUGCUGAAGCCGGCUGAGGAGCAGCUCAAGCAGUGGGAGACGCAGCCGGGCUUCUACUCUGUCUUGCUGAAUAUCUUUAACAACCACUUGCUGGAUGUGAAUGUUCGAUGGCUGGCUGUCUUGUACUUCAAGAAUGGGAUCGACCGCUACUGGAGACGCGUUGCCCCCCAUGCGUUGUCGGAGGAGGAGAAGAGCUCGCUACGUGCUGGCCUCAUCACCAACUUCAACGAGCCGGUCAACCAGAUCGCCACACAGAUCGCGGUACUGAUCGCCAAGGUGGCCCGUUUGGACUGCCCACGUCAGUGGCCUGAACUCAUCCCCAUCCUGCUGGAGUCUGUCAAGGUGCAGGACGGCCUCCAGCAGCACCGAGCCCUGCUUACUUUCUACCACGUCACCAAGACGCUGGCCUCCAAACGACUGGCCACAGACAAGAAGCUUUUCCAGGAUCUGGCUUCUGGCAUCUACAGCUUCGCCUGUUCGCUGUGGAACCAUCACACGGACACCUUCCUGCAGCAGGUCUGCUCUGGGGACGAGGCGGCUGCCAUCAACUCGCUGGAGAGGACCCUGCUGUCGCUGAAAGUGCUGCGGAAGCUAACCGUUCACGGAUUCAUCGAGCCGCACCACAACAUGGAAGUGAUGGGCUUCCUAAAUGCAGUAUUUGAGAGACUGAAGCAAUUCCUAGAGUGUUGCAGGCGAGUGGGUCCACACAGCGCUUGCAGAGAGAAGCUGGAGAAGACCAUCAUACUCUACACCAAAGUGCUGCUGGACUUCCUGGAGCACCAUCCGUGCCCGUUCAUCCCACUCAUUCAGCGCUCUUUGGAGUUCGCCGUCAGCUACGUCUUCACCGAGGUCGGGGAGGGCGUCGUCUUCGAGCGCUUCAUCGUGCAGUGCAUGAACCUUGUCAAGAUGAUUGUCAAGAAUGAUGCCUACAAGCCGGCCAAAAACAUCGAAGACAGCAAGCCGGAGAGCCUGGAGGCUCACAAGAUAAAGAUGGCCUUCUUCACCCACCCGACCCUCACUGAAAUCGGCAGGAGGCUGGUGUCCCACUACUUCUUGCUGACAGAGGAAGAGCUGGCCAUGUGGGAAGAGGACCCUGAAAGUUUCGCCGUGGAGGAGACCGGCGGUGACUCCUGGAAAUACAGCCUGCGGCCAUGCACAGAAGUUUUGUUCCUGGAUAUUUUCCACAGCUACAGCCAGACACUAACCCCUGUGUUGCUGGAAAUGGUUCAAAAUCUGCAAGGACCCACAAGCAUCGAAGAGCCAGUGCGACUCCUCAUCAAGGAUGCCGUGUACAACGCGGUCGGACUCGCCGCCUACGAGCUGUUUGACAAUGUGGACUUUGACUCGUGGUUCAAGAAUCACCUUCUGGCUGAGCUGCAAGUCAGCCAUCACAGCUACAAGCUCAUACGACGGAGGGUGAUCUGGCUAAUUGGCCAGUGGAUCUCUGUGAAGUUCAAGUCCGAGCUGCGGCCGCUGCUGUAUGAAGCCAUCCUGGGCCUCAUGCAGGACCCAGACCUCGUGGUCCGAAUCGAGACGGCCACAACGCUGAAGCUCACCGUCGAUGACUUCGAGUUCAGGACCGAGCAGUUCCUGCCGUACCUGGAAUCCAUCUUCGGGCUGCUCUUCCAGCUGCUUCAGCAAGUAACGGAGUGUGACACCAAGAUGCAGGUCCUGCACGUCAUCUCCUGCGUCAUCGAGAGGGUCAACAUCCAGAUCCGGCCCUACGUGGGCUGCCUGGUCCAGUACCUGCCUCUCCUGUGGAAGCAGUCGGAGGAGCACAACAUGCUGCGCUGCGCCAUCCUUACCACGCUCGUCCACCUUGUGCAGGGUCUCGGAGCAGAGAGCAGGAACCUUUACCCAUUCUUAUUGCCUGUGAUCCAGCUGAGCACGGACGUGUCCCAGCCGCCGCACGUCUACCUUCUGGAGGAUGGCCUGGAGCUUUGGUUGGUGACGCUGGAAAACAGCCCCUCCAUCACUCCCGAGCUCCUCAGAAUCUUCCAGAACAUGUCCGCCCUCCUUGAACUCAGCUCAGAAAACCUGCGAACAUGCUUCCAGAUCAUCAAUGCCUACACGUUUCUUUCAGCCACGGAGUUCCUGCAGAACUAUGCUGAGGGUUUGUGUAGGUCAUUCUGCGAGCUGCUGAAGGACAUCACCAAGGAGGGCCAGGUCCAGGUAUUGAAGGUGGUAGAAAUCGCCAUUAAAGUGAGCCCCCAUUUAGGCGCCCUCAUGUUCCAACCCCUCCUGCCCGACGUCUUCCGAGGAAUCCUAGACGGAGAGGUGGGUCGUACCCCCGUGGUCAUGUCCACAUACCUGGGAAUCAUCGGCCGCGUGCUCCUCCAGAACUCCAGCUUCUUCUCCUCCCUCCUCACACAGAUGGGCGUAGAGUUCAACCAGGAGAUGGACCAGCUCCUGGGGAGUCUCAUCGAGAUGUGGGUGGACCGCAUGGACAACAUCACGCAGCCCGAGAGGAGAAAGCUCUCCUCACUGGCUCUGCUCUCCCUGCUCCCGUCAGACAACAGCGUGAUCCAGGAUAAGUUCUGCGGCAUCAUUAAUGUCUGCGUGGAGGCGCUGCACGAUGUCAUGACAGAAGAUCCCGAAACCAGCACGUUUAAAGACUGCAUGCUGAUGACCCACUUUGAGGAGCCCAAGCUGACCGACGAUGAGGAGCCCCCGACGGAACAGGACAAGAGGAAGAAACUGCUGGCCCUGUCAGACCCCGUGCACAGCGUGUCCCUCCAGCAGUGCGCCUAUGAGAAGCUGAAGGCCCAGCAGCUACUGAUGGGGGAUCCAGGUUUCCAGGCGCUGAUGGAGACUGUGGACACGGAGAUCGUCCGGCAGCUUCAGGAGUUCCUCAAGGGGCUCUGAGUGGCCUCGGCUUGCAGACAGGAUGCUGAGAAUAGCUCGCCCCUAUACCGCCCCCGGAAUCACAGCCACCGACAUCACCAUCACUGCCGCCGCCGAGAGGAAGCCGCACCAGUGCCGUAUGGCCGGAACGCUGCCACAGCUCCUGAUUGAUUAACUUGUAACUUUUGCUGCUCCAUUAUUAUUAUUUUUAUUUUUUUUUACCACGGGGGAGGACCUGGGUAGGGCACCAUUUCCCAAAAGGGGGUCGAAGUGGGCACGAUGGCAGGCCCUUUGGAGUUUUUGUAUUGGGAAGCCAGAACUACGGGAUUUUUCGUUAUUUUAAUUUUUUUUUUUUUUAAUUUUUGAUUUAUUGACGGAGAGACCUGAACAGUGUUUACAGAUUUAUUCUUAAUAGAAAUCCAGAAAUGUAAUUUUGUAUUUAUGUGAAAUAUGAAGAAUAUUCUCCAUGACAGGUUCCCCCCCCCGCGCCCCUCCACCCCCCUGCGAAGGUGAAGACAUGACUACUGAAAUGAAUUGGAGGGCUUGCUGGCAUUUACAAACACACGUACAUAGAUAUAUUUUUUGCUCACUUGACAGUGGAUGUGAGACACACUUUGUAGAAUUCUAACGAUGACACCACAUGUGCGUGUGCUUAGGCGUGAUCCCCCGUGCUUUUAUUAACAACCCGCUGCUGCUGCUUAGCUUACGCACCCCCAACCGCCCCCCACCCCCAGUCACGUGGUGCGUGACAAUCAAGAGCACUAUGGAAACCAAAAAAUAAGUGAAUGGUACAGUACACUGUUUUCUAUAUGACAGUCCUGUAAGGACAGAUAGAAUUCCAGGUUUUCCUCUCCUUUCAACCAUGGAGAGGAAUGACUGGUUUUUGUUGGUUUACCUUUGUGAGAGAGACACACACUACCGUGCGCCCGGGGCUUUGUGGAGAGCAUCAGCGUGCACUAGCUAAAUAGCCACUGUGACUGAGCUAAGUAGCAUAAAAUAAAUAAAUAAUACGGCCUUACACUAUCAGUCUUACUUUACCCACGCAAAUUUCAUUUACUCUUUUUUUUUUUACAUUGAAGAUUUGCUUGUUCGCGGAACUGACUUUGACAUUUUAAAUCCUGUAGCAUUGUAUACUUUGUAGCCAUUUAGGUUAUAAAAAGGGGUCCUUUCACAUUUUUCAGUAAGUCAGCACCAAUAAAAUGCAGACCGUGUCUGAACUGCCAAAAGCAUUUUCGCGUUAUUUCAUGAAUGCGAAUCUCCGAUAUUUGUGGAAGGCUUGUGCAGAAAUCAUUAGGGCUUAGUGACGGUAACGCAAGUAGUGAGAAAGUUAAUCUACUUUUAUCUAACUCACAGGGCAGAUAUAAAGCUAGACAAUCCCAUUGGUACUGUAAAAAUUAAUACAGAUUUACUCUAUGAAAAUGUAUUAGCGCUGACUUAAAUGUCAAAUUCGUACGAUUCAUCAAGGGAUGGUAUGCGUUCACAUAGCAUGUAACUUAAUUUCACAGACUUGAGCAUAAAAAAAUUUGAAAUAAGAUGAGACCAUUUAUUCUCAGAUCGUUUUGAUAUUUCGUAAGUGACAAAAGGAACAGAUAGACAGCAGUGCCUCAGUCGGUAGUGCUCUCACUCCCACAGCUCCACGCUCCACUCUGCCCCCUUUUGUCUGUGUGGAGUUGCAUGCUGUCUCUUUGUUAGCUGUUGAAGGUUGGAGUGCAAUGGACUGGUGUCCCAUACAGGGUGCAUUCUGCCUUUUGCCCUGUCAGGCCAUGGUUAACUCCCAGUCCUGCUAUGGACGUGCAGCUGGAAGAUGGAGGAAUGGCUGGCCAGAUGUGAAACGGCAGAUAAGUAUCAAGCAGGGGUUUAGCAGAAUGACGUAUUUUCUUGCUUUGUGCUAUUUUUUUUUUCUUUCAUCGUUUUCCCAAAUGAGAUAUGAAAUAUGUCUUUGCAUAUAAUAUGGUAUUAUUUAUCUCUAACUUACAGUCAAAAUAUAUUUCUGCCUGUGAAUUUAGAACGGAGCUCGCGGGUGCUGGAGACAUGCAAACUGACCUUUUCUUUCUCAGCCACUUAUCUUGGUCAGGGUCAAAGGUCAGGUACCACAGGAGGUUCAGAGAUGCCAAUUAGCCUGAUCGCAGUUCUGCCGCAUGCAGCGGGGAACCAAAGUGCCCAAAAGAAAUCCUACCUAUGGGGGUGGGUGGAAUUCAAACCCACUGCCCUGGGAGUUUGUGGUCUCUCAUCCCCAGAGUCACUUGUAGCUGCCGCUGGCACAGUAAGAUAAUUAGCUUCCAAUAAACCUCUUAACCACCCUGGACUCAGAGUCAAGCCCUGACUCCCAAACACUAAGGAGGUAUAAAUACCCAUCAUUCCCUCUUCAGGUAUAUUGGUUGGCAUAGCAACGCCUGGGAUCCAUACUGCUCCUGUAAUAAGAGAAAAGGACAUUUUUGCAGAGCUGGGCUAUUUUUCCUAUUUCAACAAAUUAGUGAAAGGGGGCAAGUUUAUAUAUUAACCGUUAAAAAGCAAAGCUGCAUUUUCUACAAGAACAAUUCAUAUUCAUAUUGAGGUGCUCUUGGCUUGGAUGUGCUGUUUUCUCUCGCACUCAUGAAGGGUUAAUGUGUUCUGUCCAUGGUGAAUAGUGCAUAACACACUGUGCCUUUUUGUACAGAGUCUGGAUCACACUGACCGUAAUUGGACACCCAUUUAUUAAGACUUGGGUGCUGCCUCUGCUCUCUUGCCCUGGGCUUGAGUCUGCUGACCUGCCCAAAGUGAGAAUCCAUUAGCGGGGUCUGCUGACAACACGAAGGAUCCUGUCACUCUCUCCGUGUCACUCAUGCAGACGUGUCUCGCUCUAGCUCUAUAUCUAAUGCACACCGGGGAGUUUGCUUUUGGGGCAUGUUUCGCCGGCAUUUCUGUGGCGGACCACUUUGCUGAACAGUUGCGUAAAAGUUUGACACCGGUAAUGUAGCAUCUUUUGUUAACCGUGACAUUUCUGAUUUAAAUUUGAAGCGAAACUUUUUCACAUCUGUACGGUGGCGUUCUGUUACCUCUGGGUUAGCUCUGGGCAUUCCUGUCCGCCGUUGCAUAAUGCAGCAAACAUGGCGUAAUCGUACGGUUACGUAACUCACCGAAGCUGUCAUCUGCGACGGCUUAUGUCCCCGGUGUUUGUCAGUCACCCCACCUGCAUGCCAAUCUCUCUUUUAGCCGAAUAAACAUUUCUGAAACACGGGGCUGUAAUCAUCAAUCACAAAUGGGCCAUAA